ACACCGGAAGCUGUUGGCUUUACCAUAGCUAGCUUGUAGCUCUGCUCGGAUAAUCAGCUCUCGGUGUUUGCUGUCAGUCGGAGAGAAGCGGAGCGAUGCUAGUCGUCUGGCCGUGUCGCUGAAGGGACAAACUGGGUUAAAAUCCGACCGGGUCGCUCUUGGAUGAAGUCUGGUGACUCUAGAACCAGACACGAGCUAUAAUAACGAGAACCAUGGUGACCAAGAAAAUCCGGACAGAGUAUAUGAAGAAGUUCAGGGAUCCCAGAUGGGAGACGUUUUCUAAAUGCUACGAGGACUCUCUGAAGUACCGUCUGACCCGGCGGGUGAUGGAGCAUUCCCACAAGCCCUGGUUCUGGGAGGGCUGGGACAGCAGCUCAGAAUCUAGCGGCUGGUCCACGCCGAGGCUCAGCAGGAACAGAAUCGCCCCUCUGUCCCUCCCAGCGCAGCCUCCCACGGAGGGGAAGCAGAGCCCGUCCAGCCCCGGGCCGAAACCUCCUUCUGAGGACGGAGAGACGGAGGAGGGGGUGGGAGAGGCACCGGUUGGAGACGCUGCAGCGGCCGCAGUUCUAGAGAACGGUGUGAAUGAAGCCAGCGGUGGUUCAGAGGAUACGACGAUAGACAGCGGCCCCGCUGACACCACGUCUUCUGACGGGGAGCCCGUAAACCCGGUACCGAAGCGACGUCCCCGCCGCCGCACCCCUCGAUCAGAGCCGGGACACCGGGACAGUUCCCACGACGACAAACCGGCUGUCGUCCGCAAACCACCGAGAGCGAAGAGCACACCGCCGAUCAUCACCAAGGAGAAGGAGAACCGGAGACCGCCCGGCCGACUGGACUGGAACGAGAGACAGACGGAGGUCAGACGGACGCCGAAUGACAGCAACACGUCAGACGCCUGCGUUCAGACACGGCGGCAGUCCGACAGACGCAGCUCCAACGUGGAGCGCAGACGGGCUCGGUCCGCCGACCUGGAGAAGAUGAGGCGGUCGCAGCUCACGGUGGUGGACGACCGCUGGAUGACAGAGUACAUGCGCUGCUUCUCCGCCCGGCUGAGGUAGAGACGAGACGGGACUCACUAUUUGAGAGCAAAUCUCAAACGGUGGAACAGGUGUCGGUAGACAACUGAGAACAGUGUGGUCCGGUUAUCGUCCAUCAACGUCUUUUUAGAGUGAAUCGCUGCUGUCGAGGGAAAAAAACACCCAAAUCUGUCUGUUGAAUUUAAAGUUCAUAUGGUCAUUAAUUUAUAGACAUAAGACAUUCACCAAACAUUAAACAAGAAGCGUUCAGUAACCAGCCCUGAUCCAUUAUAGUGGAAUAAUAUAAUA